AUGCACUUCACGCUUCCUCUUCUUGCCCUCGCUGCUUCCGUCAGCGCCAGCAACCCCAUCGAGGCCGCUUGGAACGUCACCCGCUCCUACAGGGACAUCAGCCAGCAGGUCGUAGCCUAUGACCUUACCGCAGUCUUCGUUUCUGAGGAAUACCCCAAGGGUCUUGAGUCCAAGUGCAGCUGGUCGCAGAAGGGCAUGCAGUUCAACGUUGUAUGCGACCCAGAUACCUUCUCGGUUGAGCCCCAGACAGACGGCACUCUGAAGAUUCAACAAACCAUCGAGAAGCCCACCGAGCAGGUCGUGUACGGACAGGGCGAUGUUCCCGCCAAGGGUCACGUCGUCAUCCCUGUCACUGCGCGUGUUGCUUAA